CGUGCAUUGCGCAUGCUCAUACCUUCCACUGGUCCGUAACAGAAUAUGGCGUCGGUCACGAAUUAUAGCAGCUACAACCAGGCUGGUGCCCAGCAGGCGUAUGGAUCAUACACUGCUCCUCCUGCUCAGGGUUAUGGGCAAGCAGCACAGCAGGGAUAUGCUCAGCAGGACUAUAGCUAUGCUCAACCCGCUGCAGCUCCUGAGUCCACUUACAGUCAAGCAGCGCCCUCUGCUGCUGCAGGAUAUGCACAACAGCAAUAUGGAUCCUCAUAUGGGCAAGCAGCAGCGGCAGCAACUACUGCACCAGCUGCAUAUGGAACACCACAGUCAGGAGCAUAUAAUCAGCCUGCACAGACUUAUGGGGCCAGCAGCUACACUAACUCCACUGCGGCCCCUGCUGCCCAGGCCUCCUAUGGCUCCCAGCCCGGAUACUCCACCCAACAAGCCUAUUCUGGCUACAGCCAGCAGCCUGCUGCCUCUACUCCUCAGAGUUAUAGUGCAAGCACCCAGCCUACCUAUAACCAGGGUGCUUACACCCAACCUGGAGGUUACGCUCAGACUCAGCAACCUGGCUAUGGACAAGGACAACCGCCCCAGCAAGGUCCACCGGCUGCCUACCCUCCCCAAGGCAACAGUUCAUACGGUCAGUCACAGUACAGCCAGCAGGGUGCACCUCCGAGUGAUUACAGCCAAUCAAGUCAUUACAGCAGUUACAACCAGGGUGGUGUAAGUGGAGGAUACCAGGGGUCACAGCCUCAGCGAGGUGGAUAUGGUGGACAAGAGAGUGGCAGAGAUGGUUAUGAUUAUGGAGGCCAUCGGGGUCGUGGGGGGAUGGGCCGCGGUGGCAUGGGCAUCGCUGGAGACAGAGGGGGCUUCAAUAAGCCUGGUGGAGGCAUGAGGGGCGGAAUGAGUCGCGACCUGGGACCAGGAGGGCCGGAUGAUUCUGAAAACAGCACCAUCUACAUUACAGGCCUCACUGAGAAAGCCACACUACCAGAGAUGGCUGACUUUUUCAAGCACUCUGGAACCAUACGGAUAAACCGGCGUUUAAACCAACCAGCCAUAAACAUCUACACAGAUAAAGACUCUGGCAAACCAAAGGGAGAUGCCACUCUGUCCUAUGAUGACCCUACAUGUGCCAGAGCUGCUGUUGAGCACUUUGAUGGUAAGGAAUUCCAGGGCAGUAGAAUAAAGGUGUCUAUGGCUAGACGGAAACCAAUGAUGGGGGGUAUGAGAGGAGGAAUGCCAAUGAGAGGUGGCCCUGGAAUGGAUCGCGGAGGAAUGAUGGGGAGAGGUGGAGAAAGAGGUGGUUUUCCCCCUCGUGGAGGUCCUCGAGGUGGAAUGGGCUGGGGUGGUCCUCAACAGGGCAAUGUGCAGAAGAGAGCUGGAGACUGGGAUUGUCCCAACCCUGGAUGUGGAAAUCAAAACUUUUCCUGGAGGAUGGAGUGCAACCAAUGUAAAGCUCCAAAACCGGAAGGCCUUGAGUCGUCUCCUCCCCCUUUUGGAGGUGAUCGUGGCAGGGGUGGUAUGGGGAUGAGAGGUGGUAGAGGAAUGGAUCGCGGCGGCAUGCGUGGAGGUUGGGGAGGAGAUCGUGGAGGCUUCAGAGGGGGCCGGGGUGGAAUGGACAGAGGUGGUUUCAGAGGCAGAGGUGGUCCCAUGGAUAGAGGGGGCAGGAGAGGUAUGGGACCCCCAGGCAAGAUGGAUAUGAGGGAUCAUCGUCAGGAGCGCAGAGAAAAACCCUACUGAAAAACUGCAAGCACAAAGAUUUGCAUAAAAGAGGAAUUUUAAAGUCCUUUUAUUUAUGAUUCCAUAUUUAUAAAUGGUUCUUUUUUGCUUGCUUUUUUAGUUUUAAGUUCAGUAGCACGUUCUGAUUUUAGUUAGCUUUUGGUUGCAGUUUUUGUAUGCUCUAAUGGCUUUUUUUUGUAAUAGUGCCCCACAUUCACCAUUUUUUGGAAUCUGUCUUACCUGUCCCUUUAUUAUGUAACCUUGUACUAUGAACAAUUUUUUAAAAAUAAACUUACACAUCCAGUUGUGUACAUAAGUUUUCUGUA